AGCAUCUCUGCUGAGGGUAGGAGAUCGAUGCAGCCCCGUGCUGCUGAGGGGCCUGGCACCUGCAUGCUGCUUCCCUGCGAUGAGCGCCAUAGCAUCUCCUUGCGGGGAGCCCUGGGGGAGGGCCCGAGCACCUCCCAUAUGCCCUUAGCUGCUGAGAGUGAGAAUUUCAACGCUAUUACCAUCAUGGGCCUCGGCACUGUCCACGUUGCCCUUACCCUGAAGCCUCAGGAUCCUAUG